AUGUACACACAACAGGACUCUUCAAAGACCCCCGUCAAGCUCGCUAGAGUUACUAAGGUUCUCGGCCGUACCGGUUCUCGUGGUGGUGUCACCCAAGUCCGCGUUGAAUUCAUGGACGAUACCAACCGUUCCAUCAUCCGUAACGUCAAGGGUCCCGUUCGCGAGAACGAUAUCCUCUGUCUUUUGGAAUCUGAACGUGAAGCUCGUCGUCUCCGUUAA